AACAAUUCAAAAGCACCGUAUUGUAUUUGGUUUUGCUAGAUAUUUUUAUAUUUCAGCGACGAUCAAAUGGCACAAAAUGAGGAUACUUUCGUUGAAGCAGGCAAGAAAAAUAGAAAUGAAGACAUCAACAUUGCAGAGAUGGAGAAAAAAAUGCAAGAUGUUGAACUCAGAGAAGAAAGCAUGUUGAAGAGGAUAACCGAAAAGGAUAAAACAAUUUCGAAGAUGAGCAAUGUUGUGGAGGCUUAUGAACGUACGAUUGCAGAGCUGAUAUCGGAGAAGGAAGUUCUCAUUCGAACUCAUGACCAGGAAUGUGAGGGUCUCAAACAAGACAACGAGAUAAACGCACAACAUAUGGAAUCACUGGAGAAAACAUUCUCGAAUUUGUAUGCGAAAUAUGAACGGAUGAAAAAGAACGCCAUAAAAUACAAAGACAACGAAGAAAAACUUUUAGAAAAAGUUGUGAAAUUAGAAGAAUGUCUUCGAGCGCAAGAGCAGCGAUAUGAAAAAAUGAAAAGUCAUGCUAUGAGUCAACUAGAAAUUGCAAAUACCAAAAUAGAUGAAGCCAUUCGCAACCAUUCCCAGGAAUCAGCUAAAUUAAAGGCUCAGAUAAAGAAAGAAGAAUUAUAUCGCAUCUCUAUCAAUGAGCAGUUGAUUCAAAAAUCAAAAGAAAAUGAAGAGUUAGUAAAGAUAUGCGAUGAGCUGAUCAGUGAAACCAAUUGAAGACGGCCGAUUGUAACGAUAGGACUUUUCCCUAUGUUAAUUUCACGCAUCCGGUAAUCUUUCCCCCCCCCCCCCCCCAGUGUUCUUCUCGUAACGAAUUGCAAGCGUAGAAAAUUCUUCUCUGUUUCUUCUUCUUUCUUUAUUCUACGUAUAUUAUCGCGAAACAAGUUCGACUUAUUUAACAGCUCAUUAUGAAGCAGCUCUGCGGUAGAGAUUGGGUUCUUGUGUUUUUCAUGAAUUUUAUGUUUAUCCGCAAGCAAUCGAGUGCCUAAUUAGAGAUCUGAUUGUUGAAGUUAUUUUUAUGUUGCUUUUUUUAAUAACUAUGCGUAGAGCAAAGGGUGCGGUAUUUAUUUCCCAGAACAAUAUAAUAAUGAGCGUAAUGAAAUCUUAGUCAUAUACAAGCAUUUGACUACCUAAUAUAUUUGUUUCAGUUUUAUUUUUAAAAUGCGUAUUAUUACAAUAACAAUGCAGAGUUUUGAAACAACUAAACAAGUAAACAUGAAGCUAAUACACACGGAGUGUAGGGAAAUCUAUCGCAGAACAAAUAUUGAAAAAAGCGUAAUUUAAUAAAUAACAACUACAUCGUUCAAUCGUAACCUA